AACUUGACAGACAACUCAUAAAUUGAUAAGAUUCAGACUACUAUAUUUUGUAAUUUACGCAGGUUCAGUAAAUUAUGUACAUAUUAUUAUAUGUUUAAUAUUUGUUAAGUUUGGUGUCUGUUAUAAUAUGUCAUACUGUCAUAGUACUUAGUAGCUUUUUCUUAUGUUCUAUGCGUUUUAUGAAGAUUUAUAUGUUGAAAAAUUAUUAAUCCUUUCAUUACUGUAAAUAGUUUUGAUAGGGAAAGGUUUGGAUUAAAUAAUGUCAUCUUUUCGUGAAAGACAAAAUAAUUUAUUCCAACAUUUAAAAGAUGCUGAGGAGCAAUAUAGUUUUUCUAAGUCAAAUAAUCUCACACCAACGCCAAAUUAUGGUGAUGUUGACAGACAGACUUAUAGAAAACUCAGACGUGAGGUAAAAGAAUUUCGUGGCAAAACAAUUAGUAUAUACAAAAGGCCGGAAGCAAAUAUACAAGAUUGCUUGCAAGCUAAAACCACUCCAGAUUACAUAAAAAAUCCAGGAAAAUGGAGAUAUUACUCGCUUUCAGAUGUUACACCAGACCAAAUGUCAGAUAAAACUAAUAUACAGACUGCACUGGCAUUUAUACGCAAAAUGGAGGAAACAGCUAAUAAAGUUAAAGAAAAUGAUAUGGUUAUUGAUGAAACAGGUGCUGUUUUCAAGAAACCAAGCUUUAAUAUAUCGAAAACAAUAAAGCAAGCACCAUUGGAAAAACCACAACCUGUUUUGCAAAGUAACAAAGUAAUUAUGCCAGAAUAUGUAGUAGGAAUGUCUCGCAAAAAAACCAACUCUGAUAAAAUCAAUAAAAAAAUGAAAAAAAAUGUAGAAGCUAAACAUGUUGAACUAAAACUCAAUCAUCUGUAUGAAGAUGAUGAUGAUGAAACUACUUAAGAAAGCAUGUUUCCUUACAACAUAUAAAUAAUAUAAAAUUUUAAAUAAAUAGACUUAUUGAA